AUGGAAGGUGAGAGUUCCCAGUGCGAGGCAGAUUCCAGUUGUUCUCAUUCCCAGCUCGGUUAAUCGUUCAAUGGGAACAAAUUGAAAAUUGUUGAUUUUGAAGGUGAAAUGACGUGUGAUCAAAAUCCAGGCGUGAUAGUCGUCAAAUUCGAGGGCCGCGAUUAUCGGCACUAUCAGAGGCGGAAAGAAAGAAGCUGCCAAAAAAGGAUAGCUCCGCAGGUUUUGCAAAAAAGAGACCUUUCAGACUUUUUAUGGUUUCAGAGUGUCGAAGAUCGUCGGAAGGAAAACGCGAAGAAUUCGCGGGCCUAUACGACACGAAAUAAAAUGGAAAUCGAUGCGUGCCGCUCAAGGAUGCCGAUAUUGGAGUCGGAAUAUAAAGGAAUCGAGGAAUUCCUUGUGGCCGUCUUCACGGACAGCGAUGUUGGUUUUCAGGAGUUAAAGAAUUUUUUACCUAUGUUUUAAAGGCGCAGAAGACCUUUGUGCUUAA